GCUGCUUUUCCCGCCUCCGCAGGGGCAGAACGGCGGUCCGGGUGACAGUUGAGGAUGGCGGGAGCGGAGGGCCACGCUGGGCGGCAGUCGGAGCUGGAGCCCGUGGUAUCGUUGGUCGACGUGCUUGAGGAGGACGAGGAGCUGGAGAACGAGGCGUGCGCCGUGCUGGGCGGCAGCGACUCCGAGAAGUGCUCCUACUCGCAGGGCUCAGUAAAGAGACAAGCACUAUAUGCCUGUAGUACUUGCACUCCAGAGGGAGAAGAACCAGCAGGAAUUUGCCUAGCCUGCAGUUAUGAAUGUCAUGGGAGUCAUAAACUGUUUGAACUAUACACAAAAAGAAAUUUUCGUUGUGAUUGUGGAAACAGCAAGUUUAAAAAUUUGGAAUGCAAACUAUUUCCUGACAAAGCAAAGAUAAAUUCUGGCAAUAAGUACAAUGACAACUUUUUUGGAUUGUACUGCAUUUGCAAGAGACCUUAUCCUGAUCCUGAAGAUGAGAUUCCAGAUGAGAUGAUCCAGUGUGUAGUCUGUGAAGACUGGUUCCAUGGAAGGCAUCUUGGUGCCAUUCCCCCCGAGAGUGGGGAUUUCCAAGAGAUGGUGUGCCAGGCUUGUAUGAAACGCUGCUCUUUCUUGUGGGCUUAUGCUGCACAACUGGCAGUAACUAAAGUAUCUGCUGAGGAUGAUGGGUUGGUGCUGAAUGUUGAUGGAAUUGGUGAUCAGGAAGUUAUCAAACCUGAAAAUGGAGAUCAUCAAGAUAGUACCCUCAAAGAGGAUAUUCCGGAGCAUGGAAAGGAUGCUGUCAAAGAAGUGAAAGCAGAGCAGACUAGCGAACCGUGUACUAGUUCUGCAUCUGAUCCCCAGACGGUGUUUAAGAAUCAGCAUCUCAACACAGAAUCACAGUCUGGCUGCAAACUUCAGGACCUUAAAGCUAAGCAGUUUGUGAAGAAAGACACUGCCACCUAUUGGCCCCUGAACUGGCGUAGCAAGUUAUGUACCUGCCCAGACUGUAUGAAAAUGUAUGGCGAUCUGGAUGUCCUGUUCCUGACAGAUGAAUAUGACACAGUUCUGGCUUAUGAGAACAAGGGCAAGGUUGACCAGGCGGCUGACAGGAGGGACCCUUUGAUGGACACGCUUAACAGCAUGAACAGAGUCCAGCAAGUGGAGCUGAUUUGUGAAUAUAAUGACUUGAAGUCUGAACUUAAAGACUAUCUCAAGAGAUUUGCUGAUGAAGGCACGGUUGUUAAGAGAGAGGACAUCCAGCAGUUCUUUGAAGAAUUUCAGUCCAAGAAGAGAAGAAGAGUGGACGGCAUGCAGUAUUACUGCAGCUAGAGGGGGGCAUGGCGCCUUCUCCUCCAGGCCAAUGAAAUGCCACUUACUGUUCCAGGAAUAAAAGAGGCAUAGUUCCCA